CUAGGGAAGGUGUGUUCGAUUUAAUUACACCACUCUCCAGGAAUAAGACUCGUAUUUAAAUUGCAUUUGGUGUGCACAUUGUACCUAUAUCGUGGCCACAAAAUUUGUUCGUAGUUGCGUCUGCACCUACGAACCAGCGCUACACUUUCGCCACAAGCGCUGCAUAAUCCACAUGAGGUGGAAGUCGGCGCUGGUGAAAAACUCAGCAGGUUAUUCUGUCCAAAAUGGCGCCUUGUUUACGUAUGAGCAUUGUGUAGUCAGAAUGGAGCAUUUCGCUGAUUUAAUUCGUCGUCGAGGAUAACUUCAGCAACGACGAUCGCGCUUCUUCCUUAGACUUUACCUUACGGAAGGAUGCAGGCUGAGGCCCCAGAUGUGUCCUUACAUGAGGGCAUCCAGUCUCUUGAUGUCAAAGAGGCAGAAAAUAAAAAAGAAGUGAGCAAACAGGAGGAAGAAGGCACGGAGCAGCAGGAUGCCGAGAUGACCGCUGCACCGGUGGAGGACACUGCAACCACGGACGGCAAAGGUCAAGAAAGCCAAGACAUAGACGGGCUGGAGGGAGACAAACACACACCUCAGUCGGCGGUAGCCGUCGAGGACGAAGAGGGGACACGGGCCGCAGACAAGGACGGCGAAUGGGAGCUUGUGUACAGCGACGAGGAAAUGGAGGACCCCCAGAACUGGAUGCCUCCUCCUGCCGAGAUCAAGAGACUCUAUGAGCUCCUGGCCAAGGGCGAGAUGCUGCAGCUCAAUUUUGAGCCCCUUCCCCGCAGGCCGCCCACGCCCGAACGCCCCCUGUCACCUGAAAGGGAGGAAGAGGAGGAGGCAGAGGAGAGAGAGAGGAAGGAGAGGGAGCGCAAGCCUCCAAGUCCAACUGAGUUUGACUUUAAUGAUGAGCAGCAAUUGCAAGCCACCCCAAAGAAUGCCUUCAUUAACAGACGUCGAACGCCAGGGUCAUCAGCUCGCUCGUCCGUGAAAAGGGAGGCCAGGCUCGACAAAGUGCUAUCCGACAUGAAGCGCCACCGCAAAAUCGAGGAGCACAUCAUGCGCACGGGGCGAGAUCUCUUCAAGAGCGAGAAGAAGCCGGAGGCGGCGCUCUCGCCCAACAGCCAGAAGGAGCGAGACAAAGAACGGGAGCGAGACAGCAACCCCAAUACCAUCUUCUCACCCAGGCAGAGGAGAUACUGAACACUUGUGACGCAAUAACAUUUUCCAAGAGACCCCCAUCCAUCCCCACCUGUACAUUUUCCAAGGCGCUUUUCUAAAUUUUUUUUUUUUGUAACAAGCUUUGUAUGUUUUCUAUCGUUUUGUAUAAUGGGAAUAAACAUGCUAACACCUGGACUGACAACUUGUAGAUGGGUGUGUUGUGCACGAACAAAUGAACAUUUGCAAAAACUGGAAGUUAAUCCUGUUGGGGAUGAAUAAACAGAAAAUGGUAAAUAUUGAAA